GUCAUCGGAAGUAGACGUGAAGGGAUGUCUUUCCGUUUUGUGAUACUUCCGACACGUGUGUUUACUAAAAUGUGGACGACCGAGCCCAAACGGUAUUAUAAAUAGUAUUCCAAACACCGUUCUCGUUUGUUAUCUGGGUGAAACAUGGGGAAGCUGAAUGUAGUCGUGUUGAGAUACUUAUCUCGAGAUGACUUCCGUGUCCUCACAGCGGUGGAGAUGGGAAUGAAAAACCAUGAGAUUGUUCCAGUGAGUCUCGUGUCCUCCAUAGCCAGCCUCAAACAUGGCGGCUGCAACAAGGUCCUCAGAGAGCUUGUUAAACACAAACUUGUGGUCUAUGAACGCUCCAGGGCGGUGCAGGGUUACAGGUUGAACAAUGGAGGAUAUGACUACUUGGCUCUGAAGACCUUGUGCGCCAGAGAAGUUCUCAUUUCAGUUGGCAACCAGAUGGGUGUUGGUAAAGAGUCAGAUAUAUAUAUUGUGGCAAGUCCAAAUGAUGAGCAGUACGCUCUGAAGCUUCACAGAUUGGGUCGUACCUCCUUCAGAAAUCUGAAGAACAAGAGAGAUUACCACCAGCACAGGAAGAACAUGUCCUGGCUAUACCUCUCUCGCCUGUCUGCUAUGAAAGAGUAUGCCUACAUGAAGGCGUUGUAUGAUCGGGGCUUUCCUGUUCCCAAACCGGUGGACUAUAACAGACACGCUGUCGUGAUGGAAUUCAUCAAUGGAUAUCCAUUGUGUCAGGUGCAUGAGCUGCAGGAUCCUCCUGGCCUCUACAAUGAGUUCAUGGAGCUCAUAGUCAAACUGGCCAAUCACGGCCUGAUUCAUGGAGACUUUAACGAGUUCAACCUUAUGCUCGACGACCAGGACCACAUAACUAUGAUUGACUUCCCUCAAAUGGUGUCCACCUCACACGUUAAUGCUGAAUGGUAUUUUGACAGAGAUGUCAAAUGUAUCAGAGAUUUCUUUGCCAAGCGAUACAAUUACGAAAGCGAGCUCUACCCGACCUUCAAAGACAUCAGGCGGUCUUGUUCUCUUGAUGUCGAAGUCUCAGCUAGCGGCUUCACCAAAGAUAUGGAGAGAGAUAGUGCAUUACUACACCCAGCUGGACCGGAGGAGGAGGAUGAUGAUGAGGAGGAGGAGGAGGAUGAUGAUGACGACGACGAUGAUGAAGAGGAAACGGUUGAGGAAGAAGUAGAAGAGGGUGUGGACAUUGAAGAAUACAAGCAUGCCAUUCUGGAACUGGAAGGUCUGAAAGUCAGCGACACAAUGCCAGACAUCCAAAAUGAGGAGAAAAAGCAGGAAGAACAUAAAGAGACUGAGACAACAUCCGCUGCAAGAAGUGAUGAAGAGCCAGAUAAGGACUUAAAAGAAGAGUUGAAUGAGGCAGAGGAUGAGUGUCCGGAGCUGGAAGACCUUUCUACUUCAAACAAAGAAUUUAAACCCUUCAGAGACUCGGACAGUCUUCUCCACAUGGCGGAGCACAGGAGGAUGAGGACGGAUAGUGAGGGUACAGUGGGCAGCAUAGGGAGCUGCAGCACAAUACCACCGGCGGUGGUCCGCGAGAAGGUGCGGAGGCAGCUCACCAAACAGCAGAAGGCUGCACAGAGGAGACGUCUGCAAAAAGGAGAAGCCAACUUGGUGACCAAAUCCAGGAGAGAGAACCAAAGCAACAUCAAGUCUAGCAUGGAUGAUGCCUCCUUCUGGGGAUAACUGCAGAGAUGUUUUUUUUUUUUUCUAGUGAACGAGCAUGAUGUCUCUGCUCCUUUUUUCCUAAGAGUGGAAAAUGCAUGAUAGCUGAUGAGGAAAUUCGAGAGUCUCUCUGCAACACCUCAACUGCUCUGUAUCUGUGUGAAACACAAGGAAUGAGUGAAAAACAUUCAGCACAUCGAGCAGAAAACCAUUUUCCUAUGUGGAUUGUAACUAUCAACUUGCAGUGCAGUUUAAAUGUGGAGUGCUUAUGUGGCGGUUUGAUAAUUAAACCUUUUGAAUUA